AUGAGCCCGAAAGACUCGUCCAUGUCCAAGAAGGCCAAGUCUGUGGCCAAGAAAGGAACGUCUUUGGCAUAUAGACUCGUCCGAAGAGUCAAAAGAGAGCUUACGCGGUUCGGUGUUGGUGAGCGCGUGGUCAACGUUGUGGAGGAUACCAUCCACGAUGUCGUUGAUCAAGAAGAGUCUGCAACUUCUAGCCAUCCAAAGAAACCGAGGAGAACGAUCCCUGCCACCGCCUUAGAUUACAACAGUGUCAGACGUUACUUUAAACUCUCAGACUACAAGGCGCCUAAGGGGGCCCCAGAGGCCAACAGAAUCUGGGCCAUCCCAGAUCAACACCUCCUUCCAAUCCCGCAGCAUCUAGAGGCUUCGAUGCACGAGUUUGAUACGUUGACAAGAUUCUCCGACGUUUCUUUGCGUACUCCAGCUGAAGCUAUGGGACGAUCAAUCAUAGACCAGAUUCUUUCGGCGGCAAUGAGAGAGGUCCGAAAAGAACUGCAGAUCCUUGCGCCCAGUAAUGAAGAACAUCUCUAUCUUACAAUGGAGACACGACUUGAAGUCACUCUAUCCCGAGAAGACGAGGAUCUCGUGAUCACCGGCGAUGCUGACUAUUCGUUCUGGUACGGUAAUCCGAGCGACAUCAGUACGAAUUUGGUGGUCUGUGAGGCGAAACGCAAAGGGGAAGGGUCCGGGCAGGGAGGACAAAGUCAGUUACUUGGUUAUAUGGGCAUCAUUCACACUAUGCGCCGCCGUCUUGGAAAAGAGAACUGCGUGGUCUAUGGGAUCCUCACAGACACCCAAACUUGGUGGUUCUACCGGAUUGACAAUGACUCCCAAGUCUCCGAAUAUGUCGCCACUUGGAAAUACCAAACUUCUCGGAUUUUUUCGUACAUCUGUUUCAUCCUUCGCGCCGCAUACGAACUUACACCUACUACAUCCCGAAUCACCCCGUCGCACAGAUUCUCCGGACAGAGCUCUUAUUUCAAUUUCGACAUCUUCUUCAAUAAUUUAAUUGAAGCAGGAAACCUGGCUUAG